AUGGUCCAGGGAUGGUUCGAGGUCAAACGGUCACUGGUCAUGCACGCAGAACGACCUCCCAGGGAUACCAACCCUGAUACGCCCUGGCCUGGUACCCGACCCUUGGGACCUCGCGCGGUGCCGGGGCCUGGCUGCCCUGGCACGGCUACAUGGUGCGAGGGUGCCCCGAAGGUACUGCUGCUGUGUCUGGGCACCCAUGGCCAAGCUCAGUUAGCUGAGAUGCCCAGAGAGGAUGCCCUGUCAUCUGUAGCCUGUGAGGCGCAUGGCGCUCCCGGGCCACCAUUACCGUUUUUGGGUCGCGAUGCCGCUCGGGUAGCUGGUCUGUGA